AUGACUACAGCCGCAGUUUUCGGUUGCACCGGCGCCGUCGGCUCCAAGAUCUUGGAGGGCCUUCUCUCAUCAGAGGCCUUCUCAUCCGUCAAGACCGUCUCAAGGCGGGCACCACCCUCGCAGUCAGCCAAGCUUGAGGCAGUCGUCGAGACCGACUCGUCAAAAUGGGGCGGUCUGAUCUCGACCCUGAGCCCCAAGCCAUCCGUGGUCUUCAACGCCGUGGGUACCACACGCGCCGCCGCAGGUGGGAUCCAGAACCAGUGGAAGAUCGACCAUGACCUCUGCAUCGAGAACGCCAAGGCUGCGAAGGAGGCGGGGGUGAAGACCUAUGUCUACAUCUCUAGCGCAGGGACUCGAGGGCUGCUGUCCGGCUACGUGCCGUACUCCAAGAUGAAGGUUGGGGUUGAAGACGCCAUCAAGGCGCUCGACUUUGAGCAUGCCAUCAUCCUGCGGCCGGGCGCGAUCCUCGGGGAGCGAGAGAAGCCCAAGAACAAGAUGUUCGAGGACCUGAUGGGGAGCCUGCACAGAGUCAGCCAGGGGCUACAGGACGCCUUCGGCCAAGACCAGAAGUUCAUUGGAAGAGCUGCAGUAGCAGCUGCGCGUGCUGCCGAGGAGGGCAAGGCCCCGUCCAAGUUCUGGUGCGUGGAACAAGCAGAAAUCCUGAAACUCGGCAGAGAUGAGUGGAAGGAGUAA